UACCCGGGAUUCCUCUAGUAGAGGCCUACGCUUACAUCGCAACGAAUGAAUCGGAAAACAAGAACUAUCCAGACGCAGAAAUACACUUGGUGCCACUCAAUCCCAUGGUGAAGCGCUUCAUGAGCCUUCGAGAGGGAGUGUAUCAGGCCAAUGCUCUCACAGGUAGAAAAAGGCAACGGCAUCGCUUUAAUUCCCAAACUGCUUCAUUCCAAAUUCGUCGGAUACCUUCGGCUAAAAUCGAGCAAUCCAUACGACCACCCCUUAUUUUACCCGAACUACUUCAGCGACCCGGACAACGUCGACAAACGAACAUUAAUAGCCGCGACGCGAUUCGUUUACAAGCUGUCGCAAACAAACGCCUUCAAAAAAAUCGACCUUCAAUGGUACGACAGGCAAGCCUCGGGAUGUGAGGAAUUCGAAAAGGACUCCGACGAAUACUGGAGUUGCGCGUUGGAGCUACUCUCCACGUCGGGAUUUCACCAGACAUCCACGUGCAAAAUGGGCCCGGCGGACGAUCCCAUGGCCGUCGUGGACAACGAGCUGAAGGUGUACGGCAUCGGGCGGCUCCGAGUCGCCGACGCCAGCGUGAUACCCAUACCGACGUCCGACCAUCUGAACGCCCCCACGAUUAUGAUAGGAGAAAAGGCCGCCGAUUUGAUUAAAGCGGAUUGGAAGAACGGCGAUCAGUCCUGUCUCGAUAGCGAAGAGGACGACACCGCUUUUAGGAUCCGACACCAGAAGGCGCUGUCACGAAAAAUAGUCCUUUAUAUAAAGUAAAAUUAUUUACUUA